ACCGCACCUAAACAAACUUACUUCAUGACAAGAAUGUUCGUCUGACGAAAGUGAAUUUUUUAAUAAUGUCAACAUAUUUAGAAGAAAUUCUCAAAAAAUUAGGUUGGGAAGAUGGAUUCCAAAUACCGGUUGCGAAUGCCGAGAAUCAGCAACUCGAAGAAGAAGUCGCUAGACUUACUUUACAAAAACUUAAGGCGAAAACUCAGUUUGAAACCUCAACAGUGAAACUCGAAAAUAUUGAACACCACAUAAAAUACAUAUCAACGGAGUCUGAGCAAACUCAGAACCUCAUCACGGUCCAUGCUCAGCAACUUCAAGCCGACGAGCACAGGUUAAAAACACAUGAAGCGCAAAAAAACAAGUACGAUCAUGACAUAAGGGAAUGCGAGAAGAAAACUGCUGAAAUAAAAGAAAGGCAGAAAGCAAAACGGGCCCAAUUGGAAAGAUGUGCUAAAAAACUGAAUACGUUAAAAUCGGAAACCGAAUGGGAUACGGAAGCUCUGAAGGCUUGGGAAGAAUCUUUACAAAAAAGGGAUGAUGAUAAUGAGUUAAUUAAGAAGUUCUCUAAGCAAGAUUAUCGAAAAUAUAAUGAGCUGGAAGCGAAACGACAGAACUUAGAACUUGAAUUUGCCAGCAGAAAACAAACUAUCCAGAAAAUGGUUUGUGAUCUUACCAACUAUGAAAGAAUGCUGGAACGCACAGGAAAAAUAAUGAAACAGCAAGUAGAGGAACGAAAUGCCCUGAUUCAACAGUGGAAGGAUUCAGUAAAAAUUCUUCAACAACGCGACAAUGAUAUAGAUCAUACACAAACACAAAUCCUAGAAACUCAAGAAAUUAUCGAGAAGGAACAAGAAAAAUUGCAGGAACAUAAGCAGUUUCACGAGAACGAACUUAAAAAUAACAACGAUCUAGAACACGAAAAGCAACAACUCAAUUAUUUAAAUUCAAAAUUACGACGAGAACUUCAUGAAUUAAGCCAAUACACACUACUCCUACAUAGUCAGGCUGACACAGUGAGGCGUCAAAUGGUACACAUUGCACACCAACUCGAAAAAGAGCGCAAGAACAAGAAAACUAUACACGAAAAAAUCGCAAACACACAAGAUAAAAUAGAAAAUAUUAAAAUUCGUGCCAACGCUUUGAGGGAAAAAAAUGAAGCUAUUAAGAAAUCGGCGAUGUCAGCUGACGAACGUACUAGACAGUUGGAAAAACUGAUUGAUUAUGAACAGAAACAACAAAAUGCGUUGCAAAGCGAUUGUGAACUGUUACAGAACAUAUUUUUCAGAGUUCAGCAAGAAUUACAGGAACAGUUUAGUAUUGGAAAAAUGAGAGAUCUGGAUAUUAACGGAGUAGUUAACAAUAUCAACCAUUUACGUAAACAUAACGAUGAUCAACGCAAAGCUUUGGGUAAAAGAAAAGAAGAUGCGUACGAACUGGAUUAUAAAAUAGAUGAAGUACAAAGAAAAAUUCUUAUUAAAGAAAAUGUCAUCCACAAUGAAUUUACUGAAGAACUUGAGAUAAAACUUCUUGAGUUAGAAAAUACGAUGGGCGAACGCGCAGAGAUUAAAAACAUGUUAAAAGAUCAAGUUAAUAAAAUCAGAGACGACAUGCGAAGAUUAACUUCAGCAAUUGUAGCUGAUCAAAGUCAAUUAGUUGUUUUAAAAGAUAAAAUGCAACAUCAAAAUUUGAGUUACGAAGGAGGGCAAAAGCAGCUACAAACAUUAAAAGCCAGUAUACAAGAAAAACAAGUUGAAGAAAACAUCCUACGCCUCCGUGUUAACCAACUAAAUAAAGCUAUGAAAAAAGAAGAAAAAAGUAUAUAUUCGAUGAAAAAGUUUAAACUCACUCUAGAACAGGCAACGCAAGAACGAUUGAUAGAAAUAAGCACAAAUAAAGACAUUCUACUUGUAAAACGAAGAAAUCUAAGUGAAGAUAAAGGAAGAUUAAAAUGUGACAUCGCCGAACGCCGCAUUAAACUUGAACAAUUUCAGAAAAAGUACGACAUCACUUUAAUGACCAUGGGAAAAGAUGAAGAUGGACAAACUCUGUCCAUUACGCAUUUUAAAAUUAAGAAUGCUCAGGAAAAAUUUUUACUUCAGCAAGAAGGUGAUGAACUUGACAUAAAAAUUAAAACAGCCGAAAAAGAAAUUCUUGCAAUGGAAAACACAUUGAAAGUGGUAAAUUUAACAAACGCAGCUUUUAAACAAAGUCUUUCCGCUGUUGAAGAAGAGGGAACAGAGAUUCAAGAAAUGAAAGUUUUGGAAAAUCAGUUGUUAAUGGUAAAUGACGUAUUAAGGGCAAACAGAAAAAAACUAGCAGAAAAACGACAAGAAGUGGAAGAAGUGAAAGCCAUGCUAAAAGACCUCGAAAUAAGAAUUACCCAAGACCGUGAAAAGCAGGUGGAUUUGGAGGAAGAAUAUUUAAAAGUUCAGAGAGAAAAGGCACAGAAAGAAGAAAAAGUAAAGAGAGCUGAAAAUUGUUUAAAGCAAGUUGAGAAAAAACUUCACCGCAAACAACGUGAAAAAUACGACAGAGAUUUAGAAAUUCGGCAGCUUUAUAAUGCAAACUUAAACGCUAUGCACCGCCUCGUUGAAAUGUCAAUUCGUUAUCAAGAAGUAGCUCCACUAAUAACUCGUUACACCAUCGAAUACGAAAUAAAGCUACCUGAGAAACGAACACUCUCCGGCCACACGGAAUCCACAAGAUCUAUACAAACUUGCAGUUCGACCGAAUCAGAAACAAAAAGCGUAUCCGACACGGAUUCAGGUUCGCAAGUUUCGUCAAUAGCUAAAGUUGUAAUAACAUUCAAAGCAUAAUAAAGUAAUGUAACCAAUGUAAAA